AUGACGCAGGACGAACAGACGUGGCCCGUGCGGCUCUACGUCUACGACCUCUCGCAAGGAAUGGCGCGCCAGCUCUCCAUGGCCCUCACAGGGCGUCAGAUCGACGGCAUCUGGCACACGAGCAUCGUCGCAUGGGACCGCGAGUACUUUUUCGGACAGGGCAUCUCGAUCGCAUCGCCCGGCACAUCCCACCACGGCGCUCCGCUCGAGACCUACGAGCUCGGCCAUACGGCCAUCGACCGCGACACGUUCGAGCAACUCCUCCUCGACGACCUAAGACCCAGGUUCAGACCGCAGGACUACAACCUCCUCAGCUGGAACUGCAACAACUUUACCCAGGAGCUCGCACAGCUCCUCGUCGGCGCCGACAUCCCCGACCACAUCCGCAGCCUCCCCGCCGACUUCCUCUCGACGCCCUUUGGGCAGAUGAUGAAGCCCAGGAUCGACGCCAUGUUCCGCGGGCCCAGCGUCGGCGCCACGCCCAAUGUCGCCGCCUCCUCCUCGCCGGGCGCUGGUCUGCUGGAUCAGGUGGCGUCGCGCGCCUUUACCGGCAACGAGCCCAUGCAGUCGUCUGGCAGAGGUGCCGGCACGGCGGGCCCCUCGUCUUCAGACCCAGUCCGCCACAUCUAUACAAAGGCUGACCUCGACGCCCUCCUCGAGACCUUCCCGUGCGUCGCCGUGCUCUUCACCUCCGACACUUGUCCACCCUGCCGCAUCGUCAAGCCCGAGUUCAGCAGCCUCGCUCACCGCCACCACGCCGACCAGGACAAGCCCGGCCCGCACAAGCGCAUCGGCUUUGCCCAGGUCGACGCCGGCCCCGCGACCCAGGCGCUGAUGCAGGCCUGCGGCAUCUCGGCCACGCCCACCGUCUCGUGCUACGCUCGCGGCACGCUCAGCGGCCAGGUCAAGGGCGCCGACGUCGGCGAGCUGCGGUCCGCUGUCGACCUGAUGCUCUUCGAUGUCUACCCCUUCCACCCUCACACGCAGCUCAAGCGUCCGCUCAAGGCGUUCCGUUCCAUACCGACGGCGCCGCACGCGUUCCGCGCGGUGCCCAACCUGCAGUCGGCGCUCCAGAGGCUCGACGCGGCGCUCGCCGAGCAUCCGGCCAAGUCGUUUGCCGAAAAGGCCGACCUCCAGGACGCUCGCAAGUGCCUCGCCGCCACCGUCAUCCCGUUCCUCGAGGCAAACUUCGACGCGCAGUCAAAGUCGGCCAAGGCGACCCCCAGGUUCGAGGCAUCGAAGCAGCUUCGGGCGCUCGAGCAGGCGACGGCGGCGAUGCUCAAGGUGCUCGCCCCGGAGCAGCUCUUCCCGCUCGUCGACAUGAUCCGCCUCGCCCUGCUGAUCGACGACUUCGCUGCGGGCCUGCUGGCCGCACUGCACGACAGCGGCCAGGCGAGCCAAGGCGGCCCUCUGCUUGCGGUGCUGACCCGGGUCCAGCAGCUGGCGGCGGACGGAUGCUGGGAUGCGCGGCGGCGGCCCGUCUACCUCACGACGGCGCGCCUGCUGGGCAACCUGACGGCGAGCGACCGCUUCAUGGAUGCCGUCGAGUACCACGAGCCGCUAAAGCAGACGGUGCUGGACCUGAUCACGUCGCUGCUGCUCUGCGAGGAUGCGGGCGUGCGCAGCUCGGCGGCGACGUCGAGCUUCAACAUUGCGCUGCACGAGCACAAGCUGCGGCCCGACUGGACCAGCCGCGACGCGUCGGCCCCGCCGGGCCUCGGAUCGAGGAUGGGCGAGGGCUGGGAGACGGAGAUGGCGUCGGCGCUGGUGCAGGCCAUCAGCAACGAGGCCGAGUCGGACGAGACGCUGCAUCGCCUCUGCGCCUCGCUGCUGCUGACGCUCCACCUCUCGCCGUUCUGGCAAGAACACCUGCUGCCGCUCCUCGAAGUGCUCGAGGCCCGCGACGCGUUCACGGCCAAGCUCGACUCGAGCGUCGUGAAAGGAUCAACGAAGAGCGAGGAGCUGGCGGGACUGCUGCGCGAUCUGCAGGCGCUCUCCGGCUCGUCCUGA